AUAAUACACAGCACUCACAAAGUUGUACAGGCUGAGAAAAUAUGGCCACGCCACUGUGCCUAGUAUUAUUUGCGGCGCGCGGAGGUAAAUAGAAAUUAGAGUGAGCCUGCAGAAAUUCAUCAAAGACUAAAACCCUACCAGUAAAAAAAAAAGCUACACCUCACCCAUACUACGUCCGACUUUCUCAUUCCGCCGGCGGGCGCCAUCUUUUGUUAUACCUGACUUAGCAGAAGGUUUACAUUUCAGCGCGUCUGUCACCCCCGAAUUAGCUCACUAACGCAUUCUUGCCCAUGGCAAAUCCAGUGGAGUCACUGGCGUCCAUUGAUUCAUCAGUGACAACGCCAUCCACCAAACGUCAAGUUAAGAUCUUCCGAGAUGAGAUUCCGUCUAUUCUCAGUCGUUCAGAUGCAGAAAUGACGACCGAGAUCGCAUCUGUGUUGAUAGAUUUAGUUUUCAAGACUUUAUUUAUUUAUGACGACCGAGGAUCGAUGAAAGCAGUGGAUGAUGUGGUCAUAAAAUGUUUGAGACAAGUAGCAUUUAUGAAGAGUUUUGCAGCAACCCUUGUACAGGUUAUGGAAAAGAAUGCGAAGUUUCAGUCACAUGUAGUCUGUCACAGGCUUUUGAAGUGGUCCUGUUUACUCCUGACGGAAAGCGAGUUUAGCUUAGCAUCAAAAAAUGCAUUUUCUAGAGUAGCUCAAGUGCAGGCAUCAGUACUUCAUAUUGGUAUGAAAGGAUCACCUCGUGUUAGAAGAGCAUGCAAACAAAGCAUUUUCUUUUUGUUUUCAAAGUCACCACACCUCUAUGAAAGUUAUAUGGAAGAACUUGAGAAUUCAAGGAUCCCAUAUAAAGAUUGUCCUGAAAUUCUAUUGUUGAUGCUCGAAUUUUCAAGACUCCACCCUUCUCUAUAUGAUAAAUGGAAGCAACUCUUUCUUGAUAUGUACACUGAAGCAGUUCUAAAUGCAAAAGAAAAGCCACCAAUGGACCUCUGUCAGGCCUUCAUUCCAUUAUUUGCACAUCUGUCUCAUGAAGAUUUUCAAAAUACUGUCAUCCCACUGUCUGUCAAGAUGUUGAAACGAAACCCCGAGCUUGUUUUGGAAUCAGUUACUGUCCUUAUGCAAUCUGCCAGGCUUGACUUGAGCAAAUAUGCUGUUCAGAUUCUUUCAGUUGUGUUAACACAGGCAAGGCAUACAGAUGGAGAAAGAAAAACAACUGCCUUAUCUAUAAUUCGAUGCUUGAGCACUAAGUCAAGCAGUCCAGAUGCUCUAGAAGAAAUGUUCAAAGCAGUCAAAUCUGUAAUUGGAGGGUCGGAAGGAAGGCUUACGUUUCCCUACCAGAGAGUUGGUAUGAUUAAUGCACUGCAAGAGAUGUCGAAUGUCCCUGAAGGAAAAUAUUUUACUAGCUUAUCAAGGACGAUUUGUAGCUUUCUGUUGUCCUGUUACAAGGAUGAUGGUAAUGAAGAAGUAAAGCUUGCGAUUUUGGCUUGUUUUGCUUCUUGGGUGUCUAGAUGUGCUGAUGCCAUUGAGCCAGAUGUUGUUUCAUUCAUUACAACUGGGCUCAAAGAGAAGGAAACAUUGAGGAAAAGCCAUCUUCGCUGUGUUCGAUUGAUUUGCAAAAACGUUGAUGCUGUUCCUCGUAUUUCAUCUUUGCUGGCACCUCUUCUCCAGCUUGUUAAAACAGGGUUCACCAAAGUAGCACAACGACUGGAUGGGAUUUAUUCACUUUUUUGUGUGGCAAAAAUUGCUGCCAUAGAUGUUAAAGCAGAUGAGACUGUAUCAAAGGAAAAUAUUUGGUCAUUAAUAUCACAGAACGAACCUUCGCUGCUGCCAAUUUCAAUGGUCUCAAAAUUAUCAACCGAGGACUGUAUGGCUUGCCUCGACCUUUUUGAGACCCUUCUGGUCGAACAUCCCCAGAGGAUUCUGGAGACUUUUCCUGCUAGCACAUUUGUACAGUUCAUACUGUUUGUACUUUGUCAUCCAAGUUGGGCUGUCCGGAGUUCAGCUCAUGGUUCCGUUAAAGAGGUCAUUGCUGCUACCCCGCAGUUAUCUGAAUCUAUAAUGCUUGGAUUUUACAAUUAUCUCUCAACGGUUGGUGAAAAGAUUCUUCUUUUGAAGACAGGUGAUGCAGACAGCUCAUUGGAUAACCAAGCUCCAACCGUUCCAUCUGUUGAAGUUUUGGUGAAAGCUUUAGUUUCCUUAUCACCCGCAACUUUAUCUGUUGUGCCACACGUAUGCGUGCAAAUAUUGCUUUGCUCACAUCAUCCAUGUCUCAUUGGUUCAGCUAAAAGAAGUGCAGUAUGGAGGAGGGUGCAGAAGUGUUUGCAGAAACAAGGGUUUGAUACUGUUAAUCUCUUUACCACUGACGUUGCCGGCUUAUGUCAGGGUUUGCUUGGCUCUAGAGGUCUGAUGAGUGGAAAUCAUUUUGAGCCAGAAGCAGCAAUAAACUCAUUUUUCACUCUUAUGUCUAUAAUUCCUGGAGAAACUUAUGCCGAAUUUGUUAAGAACUUCAACAACCUUCCAGAUCGUCAUGCACAUGAUAUGUUUUCAGAACAUGAUAUUCAGAUCUUCCGUAUUCCUGAAGGGAUGCUCUCUACAGAGCUUGGUGUUUACAUAGCUGAAUCCGUUUCAGCUAAGAACACAAAGCAACCAAAAGGCCGCUUUCGUGCCUAUGAUAGCAAUGAUGACAUGGAAAAAGAAAAUUCCAUCCGUGUGCCAAAAUUUGAGACUUCUAGCAAAGAUAUGCCUGUUGUCGGGAAAAAAGAUGGUGGGAAGCCAACUAAGAAAUCUGAAAAGGACAGAGGAAAGACUGCUAAAGAAGAGGCUCGUGAGAUGCAACUUAGGGAGGAAGCAUGCAUACGUGAAAGAGUCAUGGUUGUGCAAAAUAAUCUCUCGUCAAUGCUGAAAGCUCUGGGGGAAAUUGCCAUAGCCAAUAUGGUUUUUACACAUAGUCAGUUACCUUCUUUGGUCAAACUUAUUGAUCCCCUGCUAGGUUCACCAAUAGUUGGUGAUGUGGCAUACACUGUGCUGACAAAGCUGUCAAAGUGUGUUGCCCCCCCUCUCUCCAACUGGGCUCUUGAAAUUGCCACUGCUUUGCGGCUAAUUAGGACAGAGGAACCUAACGUCUUAUGGGCACUAUUUCCAUCGGCUAGUGAGGAGGCUAACGAUAAUCCCGGUCUCUUUGAGCGAGUAGUAAAUGGCUUAUCAUUCUCUUGUAAAUCUGGGCCACUUCCUGUGGAUUCAUUUACUUUUGUUUUCUCAAUAAUGGAGAGGAUACUACUGGCUUCCAAGAAGACAAGGCUGCACGAAGACGUUCUCCAGAUAAUAUUCUUACAUUUGGAUCCUGCCUUACCCCUUCCGAGGGUUCAAAUGCUAUCAGUUCUAUAUCAUGUUCUUGGUGUUGUUCCUGCAUAUCAAGCUUCCAUUGGUCCAUCUCUUAAUGAAUUAUGUCUAGGAUUGACUGCAGCAGAAGUUGCCCCUGCCCUUUCUGGUAUUUAUGCCAAAGAUGCUCAUGUGAGGAUGGCAUGCUUGAAUGCAGCAAAAUGCAUUCCUGCUAUUGCGGGCCGCUCUACUCCUCAAAAUAUUGAAGUUGCAACCAGCAUAUGGCUUGCUUUACAUGAUCCAGAAAAGACAGUUGCUGAAGCUGCAGAAGACAUAUGGGAUCACUAUGGAUACGAAUUAGGGACUGAUUAUUCAGGAAUCUUCAAAGCGCUUUCGAACUUCAAUUAUAAUGUUAGAGUUGCUGCUGCCGAAGCAUUAGCUGCAGCUUUAGAUGAUAAUCCUGAUACCAUUCAGGAGUCGCUAUCAACAUUAUUCUCAUUGUAUAUUCGUGAUGCUGGACUUGAUGAGGACAUUAUUGAUGCUGGCUGGAUAGGCAGACAAGGGAUUGCCUUGGCUUUACACUCUGUUUCCGACGUGCUUAGAACCAAAGAUCUUCCUGUUGUCAUGACAUUCCUAAUAUCAAGGGCGCUGGCUGAUCCUAAUGUGGAUGUUAGGGGAAGAAUGAUUAAUGCUGGUAUACUGAUCAUUGACAAGCAUGGAAAUGAAAAUGUGUCCCUGCUAUUCCCAAUUUUUGAAAAUUAUUUGAACAAAAAGGCAUCAGAUGAAGAGAGAUAUGAUUUGGUGCGUGAAGGCGUUGUGAUAUUCACUGGUGCCUUGGCAAAACAUUUGUCGAAGGAUGAUCCAAAGGUUCUUGCUGUUGUUGAAAAGUUGCUGGAUGUACUGAACACUCCUUCUGAAGCUGUUCAGCGAGCAGUUUCCACCUGUCUUUCUCCUCUGAUGCAAUCAAAGCAGGAGGAUGGACCUGUUCUUAUUUCAAGGCUUCUAGAUAAAUUAAUGAAGAGUGACAAGUAUGGGGAGCGCCGAGGAGCAGCAUUUGGACUUGCAGGGGUUGUUAAAGGAUUCAAAAUUUCCUGCCUAAAGAAAUAUGGUAUUGUGAAAGCCUUGAAUGAAGGAUUUCUUGACAGGAAUUCUGCUAAAAGCCGUGAAGGAGCAUUGCUUGCAUUUGAAUGUCUCUGUGAGACAUUAGGAAAACUUUUUGAGCCCUAUGUAAUUCAAAUGCUUCCACUACUUCUGGUUGCAUUCUCUGACCAAGUGAUUGCAGUCAGAGAAGCUGCAGAAUGUGCUGCUCGGGCAAUGAUGUCUCAAUUGACUGCUCAAGGAGUGAAACUAAUCCUUCCAUCACUUCUGAAGGGCCUUGAAGAUAAAGCUUGGAGGACAAAGCAAAGUAGUGUGCAACUUCUUGGUGCUAUGGCCUACUGUGCGCCACAGCAGUUGUCCCAGUGCCUCCCCAAAGUAGUGCCAAAAUUAACAGAGGUCUUGACUGACACUCAUCCUAAAGUUCAAUCAGCUGGACAGACUGCACUUCAACAAGUAGGGAGUGUUAUAAAGAAUCCAGAGAUAUCUGCUCUUGUGCCUACUCUUUUAACAAGUCUUAUGGAACCCAAUGAAUACACAAAAUACUCCCUUGACAUACUCCUUCAGACAACCUUUGUCAACACAGUUGAUGCUCCAUCUCUUGCAUUAUUGGUACCAAUUGUCUAUCGAGGCCUUAGAGAAAGAGGUGCUGAAACUAAGAAGAAGGCUGCCCAAAUUGUUGGGAAUAUGUGUUCUUUGGUUACAGAGCCAAAGGACAUGAUCCCUUACAUAGGCUUGCUUCUUCCUGAAGUUAAAAAGGUUCUUCAGGAUCCUAUCCCUGAAGUUCGUUCUGUUGCUGCAAGAGCUAUUGGCUCUCUUAUAAGGGGAAUGGGAGAAGAAAACUUCCCAGACUUGGUGCCUUGGCUGUUAGAUACUCUGAAAUCUGAUGGCAGCAAUGUUGAGCGCUCUGGAGCUGCACAGGGCCUGAGUGAGGUAUUGUCUGCAUUGGGUUUGGAGUACUUUGAAACCAUACUUCCAGAUAUCAUACGAAACUGUUCUCAUCAAAAAGCAUCGGUCCGUGAUGGCUAUUUGUCACUCUUUAAGUAUCUUCCAAGAUCUUUAGGUAUCCAAUUCCAGAACUAUUUGCAGCCAGUUCUUCCUGCAAUUAUAGAUGGACUUGCCGAUGAGAAUGAAUCUGUACGUGAUGCUGCACUUGGUGCUGGGCAUGUUUUAGUGGAGCAUUAUGCAACAACGUCUUUACCUCUGCUCCUUCCUGCUGUGGAGGAAGGUAUUUUUAAUGACAAUUGGCGUAUUAGGCAGAGCUCUGUGGAGUUAUUGGGUGACCUUUUGUUUAAGGUUGCUGGAACAUCUGGAAAAGCUCAUCUUGAGGGUGGCAGUGAUGACGAAGGUUCAAGUACUGAAGCUCAUGGCCGAGCUAUCAUUGAGGUACUUGGAAGGGAGAAGCGCAAUGAAGUUCUUGCUGCACUGUAUAUGGUUCGGACUGAUGUCAGCCUUACUGUACGCCAGUCUGCAUUACAUGUCUGGAAAACCAUUGUUGCAAAUACUCCGAAGACUUUGAAGGAAAUUCUACCGGUGUUGAUGAACACUUUAAUUAGCUCGCUUGCUUCCUCAUCUUCUGAGCGGCGACAGGUUGCUGGACGAGCUCUUGGUGAACUUGUUAGGAAACUCGGAGAAAGAGUGCUUCCAUUGAUCAUUCCAAUAUUGUCACAGGGUCUAAACAACUCUAACCCUGGGAAAAGACAAGGUGUUUGCAUUGGCUUAAGUGAGGUGAUGGCAAGUGCUGGGAAAAACCAGUUACUGCAUUUUAUGGACAAGCUUAUCCCUACAAUUCGUGCAGCACUUUGUGAUAGCAUGCCUGAGGUUCGGGAAUCAGCAGGGUUGGCAUUCAGCACUCUUUACAAGAGUGCUGGACUGCAAGCAAUAGAUGAGAUCGUUCCCACACUUUUGCAUGCUCUGGAGGAUGAUCAAACCUCCAACACUGCUCUUGAUGGCUUAAAACAAAUACUGAGUGUCAGGACCAGUGCUGUGCUGCCUCACAUUCUUCCCAAGCUUGUACACCUUCCACUCUCUGCCUUCAAUGCACAUGCUUUGGGAGCUCUAGCAGAAGUUGCGGGACCCGGUCUUGAUGCUCAUCUUGGUACCAUUCUUCCCGCUUUACUCACUGCAAUGGGAUAUGCUGAUUUGGAGAUUCAAAGUUUGGCCACGAAAGCAGCAGAAACUGUUGUUUCAGUAAUUGAUGAAGAAGGUAUUGAGUCCGUUCUGUCAGAGCUUCUGAAAGGAGUUGGGGAUAAUCAGGAAACUACCAGAAAAAGUUCUGCAUACUUGAUUGGGUUUUUAUUCAAAACCAGUGAUCUUUAUCUUGCUGAUGAAGCCCCAAAUGUGAUAUCCACUCUGAUUAUUUUACUAAGUGAUUCAGAUUCAGCUACUGUGACGGCUGCAUGGGAAGCUUUGUCAUCUGUGAUAAGCUCAGUUCCUAAAGAAGUUUUACCUUCAUAUAUAAAGUUGGUUCGUGAUGCUGUAUCAACAUCUAGAGAUAAAGAACGCAGGAAGAAAAAGAGAGGACCAGUGUUAAUACCCGGUUUUUGCCUCCGAAAAGCUCUUCAACCUGUGCUUCCCAUCUUCCUUCAGGGUCUUAUGAGUGGAUCAGCUGAUCUAAGAGAGCAAGCAGCUUUAGGGCUUGGCGAGUUAAUUGAAGUGACAAGUGAGGAAGCAUUAAAGGAGUUUGUCAUCCCAAUUACCGGGCCAUUAAUUCGUAUAAUAGGGGACAAAUUUCCUUGGCAAGUGAAAAGUGCAAUUCUCUCUACUUUAACAAUCAUAAUACGAAAGGGAGGGUUAGCAUUAAAACCCUUUCUUCCCCAGCUUCAAACAACAUUUGUUAAGUGUUUGCAGGAUAAUACAAGGACUGUUCGAUCAACUGCUGCUCUUGCACUUGGAAAGCUAAGUGCAAUCACUAAUAGGAUCGAUCCUCUUAUUGGUGAUUUAUUGUCUGUUUUACAGAUAUCGGAUGUUGCAAUCCGUGAGACUAUCUUGGCUGCUUUAAAAGGAGUGAUCAAACACGCUGGCAAAAGUUUGAACAGUACCUCUAGAACUCGUGUCUAUACACUCUUAACCGAUAUGAUACAUGAUGAUGAUGAUCAGAUUCGAGUGUGUGCUGCCAGCAUAUUGGGAAUCGUGUCCCAGUACUUAGAAGAUGUAGAAGUUGUUGAGGUUCUUAAUGGGACUACAAACUCUGCAUCGUCUCCUAACUGGUGCACAAGGCACGGAGCAGUACUUACGAUAUCUUCAAUCCUAAAGCACAACCCUUCCAUCAUUUCUUCUUCUUCAUUAUAUGGACCUGUAAUAGAUAGUCUCAAAAGUAGCUUAAAAGAUGAAAAGUUUCCAAUCCGUGAAACAUGUGCAAGGGCAUUUGGAAGACUCCUAUAUCAUCAAGUUGUGAGUGAUUCUUCUAAUGCUUCUUCACACCCGGAGAUUCUCGGAUCUAUAGUAUUGGCCAUGCAAGAUGAUUCAAGUGAAGUCAGAAGACGAGCCUUGUCCGCUCUGAAGAUAGUUGCAAAAUGUAAUCCUAGUGCCUUAAUGGUCCAUGUAUUAAAGUACGGUCCUGCACUAGCUGAUUGCUUGAAAGAUGGAAGUUCUCCAGUGAGACUUGCUGCUGAGAGAUGUGCCUUGCAUGCCUUUCAAUUGAAUAAAGGUGGAGACAAUGUUCAAGCUGCACAAAAGUUUAUAACUGGUUUAGAUGCUAGGCGGAUUUCCAAGCUUUCAGAGCACAGUGACGCGAGCGACGACAGUGACAUUGAAUCAAUGGCCUGAUUUUGCUUUCUCAUCCCUAGUUUUCAUUUAAAUUUAAAAAUUAAUAAUAGUUUGGUGGCGGGAAGUACAUAGCAACCUACACUUGUGGGAGAGAUGCCAAUAUUUAUACAUAUAUGUGUAUGGUAUAUGAAUCGGCCGUUGGAGGAUGUCUUAAUGUCCGACCUUGGAGGAUGUCUUAAGGUCCGACCUUCAAAAUUGUGAUAUAAAUAUCUGUAACAUAUGAGUAAAUAUUGUAUCAAUUCACUUGUUCAGGCCUUCACGCCUGAGAUGGUCUGUGAUUUGGUUGCUUCUCACCCUUCAAAUAUUGCACUGCAUUCAAUGUGCAAAUGAACACUUGAAUUUAAAUUACGGAGUAAAAUUUAUUUUCUUAUUCCAAGUG